AUGAGAUUCUUGCCAUUUGCAAUGUUGGGCACUGCACUGGAUGAAGCAGAUACCUGGGACCCCAUUAGAUCGGAAUAUCCGACCUCGCAAGUGGCAUCAGUGGACCAGGAUCUGGUGCUCACGACAACACCAGGCGGAAACCAGAGGAAUGUUGCGGAACCGUCAAGCUGGGUUGAUCCAGCGGUGCCAGUGACAGGUAUCUUUCCUGAAACGGUAUCAUGGCCCUCAGUCAGCGAGUUGACCACAUACCCAGCACCAAGUGAGACAUCGGCUGUCGAUAGUAUCAGCUCAGAAGCUAGUCCAACAAGCAUACCGGACGCAACCGUAUAUACUACUCCAUCACCCUCACCAACGUCUUCGGCUACGUCGUCAAUUUCAAACCUAUCGUCUCUCACAUCCACCCAAACAACCACAAUCUCAGCCUCAGCCUCAGCCUCAGCCUCAGCCUCGGAAACAACAGCAGCUAGCGAUCCAACCACUUUCUCCGGCGGCCCAUCAAAAACAACAAAAAUCGCCAUAGCAGUCCCAGUCUCAGUAAUCGGCCUAGCUCUAAUCCUAGCACUGCUAUUCUUCCUCUUCCGCCGACGACGCCGCGAAAAGGAACGCAACGCCCUACCACCACCAUACGACAUAGCAACAGCCCAUCGAAGCGGAGUAUCAACACAAGAACUAAUGAUGUCGCCCAAAUCUCCAACACCAGAACCAAGACGUUCACUCUCAACACCGGCCAUGUCCUCGACGGCCACGGCCACGUCCAUGCCCGUGCCCAUGCCCAUGCCCCGGAUCCCGAUUAUCAGCAUCUCGCCCUCGACGGAAAGUCGGGGCCGAACGCCUACUCCCGAUCCCAGCCCUGGAUUGGGCUCUGUGCACCGCAUGUCUAUGGCGCGUGGAGCUGGUGACUCUGAGGCGGAGAUUGGGGUUGCCGUUGCUGUGCCGAUGGAUCAGAGGCGGAGUGCUACGGAGCAGGACUUGAGGGGUCGGGUUGCGUCUGCUACGUCGUCGAGGGGGCCGUCGCGGUUGGCUAGGAUGCCGUUUGAGGAUUUUUCGGAUGAUGAGGUUGGUAUUGGUAUUGCUGUUGGUGGUUCGGAUGAGGAUGAUGACGAUGACGAUGAUGAUGAUGAUGCUGUUUCUGAUGUGUCGGAUUUGGAGGGGCGGAGGAGGGAGAGGGAUUUUGAUCAGGUUUCUGUGGUGUUGUCUUUCGAUGAGGUGUCGCCGAUAGGUGAGCAGGAGAGGAGGCGGUUCCAGGGGGUUUGA